AUGACAAGGCGCGACGAGGCGCUUGUGAAGACCAUUAGCGUGGGCGACACGCAUGGCAACUUUUACAGCGACUCGACAUUUGGCGGGAUUGCGUGGUCGCCAGACAGGAACACGGUGGUGUAUGCAGCCGAGCAGCCUGAGUUUGCUGCUGCCAAGGAAGACGAUGGCGUCAUUGAUGACGAUAUUGCUGGUGGGAUCAGCGAUGACCUCACCGGCGCCGUUGCUGGCGUUGCUGAUCCGCGCCGCUAUGCCCUCGACAGUGACUGGGGAGAGACAUUUAAUGGCAAGCGCCCGCCCGUGCUGGUCACCAUUGACAUCGCCAAGGCAUCGAUCAGGGCUAUCCCUAGCAUAGAGAAUGUGUCGCCAGGCCAGGUGCAGUUCUUGCCAGAGCAGCACGAUGGCGCUCGGCGCAUUGUGUUCACCGGAUACAAGCACGACGUGCGCAAGCACGGAAUCGUGUACUGCCAGAACCGCCCGACGGCCCUGUUUAUCAGCGACUUGGAUGGAGCUAACGUCGACAAGAUCGCAGAGGGCUCAGUCAGGUCACCGCGUGUCACGCCCUCUGGAAAGGGCAUUGUGUAUAUCUGUACGCCGCUGGGUGGGCCACAUGCUGCGACGUCAGAGCUCUGCAUGUAUGACUUUGCUUCAAAGCUGACAACCCCGCUGGUGCCGAUUAUCAACCGACCACUAGACAAAGCGCAGACCAUCAAUGGAACGCAGCUUCCUGAAGGGUUUGUUGGGCUCUACAUUGACCAGCUGCCGCUCGACCCAUGGGCAAAUCCAGAACAUACCGAUGGCCGUGACGUGAUGGUCUUUGCGUCGACAUGGCGCAGCACACAGGCAGUACUCUCGCUCGAUGUGCAAAAUCGGAAGCUUACUCGCCACUCACCUGUGGAUGGAACCGCCAGCUACUCCGUCAUAAGUGUCAGUGGGGAUCUAGUUGUCGGCACGAAAUCAACACCCGCACAACCCGCCGCGCUGGUGCUUGGUCGGGUAUCCCAGCCAACGGACGCUGCUCAAACUGCGAUCCAAUGGCACGACAUCGGCAAGCCGCAUGACACUGGGCUGGAGUGGAGCAUCAUCCCUGGAGAUCGCGAUUCGUGUGAGAGCAUCUUUGUGCACCCAGCCAAGCAUUCAUCGGCCACUCGGUACUUCUGGACCGACGAUAAGCCUGGGUCCCGCCCGCUGGUUGUGCAACCGCACGGUGGACCGCAUUCAACGUACACGCUUGACUUCUCCCCCACUGCCGCAGCACUCGCCCAGCUCGGAUUCGGCGUGCUGCUAGUCAACUUUACCGGAUCGCUUGGGUUCGGCCAGGACGCCGUGCUGGCGCAGAUCGGACAGUGCGACACCCUCUCGCUGAAUGAGAUUCAGCAUGCUGCGCGAGCUGUGCAAUGCUCCGGCGGCGGCGAUCCAGCAUCUACCGUGUACGUUGGUGGGUCGUAUUCUGGCUACACAGGCGCACUUUUGGCAGGUACAGCUCCGGGGUUCUAUCGCGGUAUCGCCUUGCGCAACCCGGUGAUCAGCAUCGGUGAGAACGCCGCCAUGACCGAUAUCCCUGACUGGUGCUGGGCUGAGCUCGGACUUGAGUAUGAUUUUGCCAACCCGCCCGAGAUCACCCCGCAAGCGUUUGCCAAGAUGUGGGAUGCUUCGCCGUCGCGGUUUGUCGACAAGGUUGUUGACCCCAUGCUGUUGCUGCUGGGUGCGUCUGAUCGCCGUGUGCCACACCAGCAGUCGCUCAACUACUAUUAUCGUCUGAAGGCAGCAGCCAAGGCCGACGUGCAGUGCAAGAUUUACCCGGAUGUUGGGCAUCCGCUGGACACGAUCGAGGCUGAGCGCGACUCGUUUGUGAGCAUCGCGCGAUUCUUUGCAAAGUCACUUGGCAAGUAG